AUGCACAUUCUCGUAACUAACGAUGACGGCCCGCCGUCAAACGAGUCCUCGCCCUACAUCCUCGCUUUCGUUCGCACUCUGGAGGAAGCUGGACACGAAGUCUCGGUCAUCUUGCCCAGUGAGCAGCGCUCAUGGAUUGGCAAGGCACACAUAAUCGGAAAGGACGUGUCGGCCACGUACUAUUGGCCCGAGACUGAAGAGCAUGGAUCACCAAAGUCACAACAGUCGAAGCAAGGCAAGCCCUGGGUGCUGGUCAACUCAACACCGGCAACGUGCUCUCAGCUUGGACUGGCACACUGCUUCAAGGACAGAAGCCCGAUCGACCUUGUCGUAUCGGGCCCCAAUUAUGGGCGCAACACAACAGCCAUCUUCGCCCUUUCGUCAGGCACCCUGGGUGCAGCUCUCGAAGCCGCAGUCUGUGGAGCCAAGGCAAUUGCCAUUUCAUUCGCCUUCUUUGACCGCUUGAACGACCCCAAGAUUGUCGCACAGAGCUGUAGACAGGGCGUCCGCGUAAUUGAGUACCUGGCCAAGAACGGACAGUGGGAUGCCGGCCGUGUCUUCACAAUCAACGUCCCCGUCAAGGAUGGGGUCGAAAAGCAGCCCGUAGUUUGGACCGAGAUGCUGCAGAAUUCCUGGUCAUCCAGCUCUUGCUUUGACGAGACAAGCGGUGCAGUAGAGGACGCAGACACAGAGGAGACCAAUCUGAGAAAACAAGAGAGCAGAGGAGGCGAAGCACCAGAGCAGGAUCAGAGCAGCUCGUCAGAGGAGAGCAAAUGGGCAGCCAGACACUACAAGUGGGCACCCAAGUUCAAAGAUGUUUACGAGAGUGUCGAGAGGGCUGGGCCUGGUAAUGACGGCUGGGCCGUGCAACAGGGCCAAACCAGUGUGACGGCACUGAAGGCAAACUUUGCUCACAUCCCAGGAUUCAAGGGGGAGAUCAAGCUAUAG